GGGGAAAAGCAAGGAGGCAAGGCCCGCGCCAAGGCCAAGUCGCGCUCUUCCCGCGCCGGGCUGCAGUUCCCCGUGGGCCGCGUGCACCGCCUGCUGCGCAAGGGCCCCUACGCCGAGCGGGUGGGGGCCGGCGCGUCCGUGUACAUGGCGGCCGUGCUGGAGUACCUGACGGCCGAGAUCCUGGAGCUGGCGGGCAACGCGGCCCGCGACAAGAAGACGCGCAUCAUCCCGCGCCACCUGCAGCUGGCCAUCCGCAACGACGAGGAGCUGAACAGGUUACUCGCGGGUGUCACCAUCGCCCAGGGCGGCGUCUUGCCCAACAGCCAGGCCGUUUUGUUGCCCAAAAUAACGGAGAGCUACAAACUUGGCAACAAGUAG